AUGCACAAUUUCUUCGUUGACGCUCCCAGCCGUUAUGGUGACUUCAUUUUUCCCAUUCUCAGGCGGUGUUUCGAGUUUUGGGGAACUAUGGCUGCAGCUGAAGCGCCGUCAGUGGAUCCUACAGCGUCAGCGGAAAAGAAUCAACCGAAUGAAAACAAAGCACCAGCCGUAGAAGAAGCGGAAAAGAAUCAACCGAAUGAAAACAAAGCACCAACAGUAGAAGGAGCGGAAACGGCGGACGUGGGGGCAGAGCAACAGGGAGAAGCGCAACCAACCGCGCAACCUUCAGCGAUCACUCCACAAAAAGCAUUCUUCUACAUGGCUCUUACUAUCGUCGUUCUUACCAUAGUAACAACAGCAAUAGUGUUACUUCAUCUGAAUGGAACAUUGAAAUUUAUCUCAGCAUUAGCUGAAUACUGA